CAUUAACGCCAACUCAUUGGAUUCCUCAUCUCCUCUUUCCUAUCGCUAAACAAGAUUAAAAAUUCAAGGAUGACCAUUUCUUAAAUCUGGACGAUAACCAUAACAGAAAUCUACGAAAACGUGUCGAAUCAACGAAGAACUCGAACGUUCUCCCUGAUUCUAUAAAUUUGCGAAAACAUCAGCCACCUACAAUAACUACGAGAAUCGCCGCUACGAAAAUCUUUGGAAAAACAAGGGCGGCCGAGUUCGAAGGUGACUUUUCCGAGAGACAAACAUUAUUAUCAAUUUCGUAAGGAUGCUUAUACGAACGGCGACGCGGCGUCGGGACUCGCCGGCCGUUCCGACGGCUCUCUGCUCGUCAUCGCGCGCAAGCUCCACGUCUCGCCGAACGAUCGAUAAACCAUACUGGCGAGUACCGUGGUGUCCGGAGUGGAACGGUGCGCGCACUGCAUGGCGACGACGUCGACGACGACGACGAGCACGACGACAACGACCACGGUCGGACCGGAGUAUCCUUAAUGUCAAACGCGAGCCUUCUCUCGGCCUCAGUUUUGUUUACCGUGUCCUCGCGUAAACACCGGAGCGCCGAAGAAGACAAGAGUUAUGAGGCUCCGUUUCCUGCCUGCUAUCGUCAUCCUGAUCCUAAUCGAGGCACAUGGUGACAACAUAUCGUCCGACAAAGUGGGAACAUGGGCAAAACAGUUGGGUUUCGAGUUGUCGCAGUUGGCCAAGUUUGUCACCAACGUGGACAAGUUCACCGAAAGCUACAAACAGGCAGCGGUGAAGCCACGUGAUGGCACUGCUUUAGUCCACGAAAUCGCUAAAGACAUCAAAGCCAUGAUGGAAUCGAAGAUAUCAGCUAUUAAGAGAAUCAUGGAUGUCGCGGAAACAUCAGCCUUGUCCGCUCCAGAUGCCGAUCCUCCGGAGUCCUUCUUAUAUAUCAACGCAAAGAACAACACGAUCUAUCUGAAACACAGUGCUCACUUCGGCGGUCAAGUCAAUUUGACCAUGUCAGCAGUUCACGUUCCGACGAAUGUCUAUGAUCGAGCAUCUAACGUAAUUAGAGCGAUCAAAUGGUCCGAGGAGUUGGACAAAACCUUCAUCAACAACUACGAACAAGAUCCUUCAUUGUCUUGGCAAUAUUUUGGUAGCGCGACUGGUUUCAUGAGGCAAUAUCCUGCGAUGAACUGGUUGAUGGAGCCUGUGGAUUUGUUCGACUGCAGAACCAGAAGUUGGUACAUCGAGGCAGCUACCAGUCCAAAAGACAUUCUUAUUCUUAUAGAUACUUCCGGUAGUAUGACAGGGAUUCGCAGAGAAAUUGCUAGACACGUAGUGAAUAAUAUUCUGGACACUCUUGGAAAUAAUGAUUUUGUUAACAUCAUAACGUUCUCCAACGUUACGAAAGAGGUGGUGCCAUGUUUCAAUGACACCUUAGUACAAGCUAAUUUAGCGAACGUGAGGGAAUUAAAGAGAGCUAUCAUGAAUCUAGACACGGAGAAAAUUGCGAAUUUCUCCCUGGCCUUGACCACCGCAUUUGAACUCCUUGGAACCUACCGAACCGAGAGGGAAGGAGCCAGGUGCAACCAAGCGAUUAUGCUGAUAACAGACGGCGUUCCUUAUAACUACAAGGAGAUCUUCGAGACAUACAACUGGGAAGAUAAUUCCAACGAGCCCUUUAAAGCUGACAUGCCUGUCAGAAUGUUCACUUAUCUGAUUGGCAGAGAAGUGGCAGACGUAAAGGAGGUGCAGUGGAUGGCCUGUGCUAACAGAGGUUACUUCGUGCAUCUUUGUACUUUGGCUGAAGUGAGGGAAGAGGUCCUUAAAUAUGUUCCUGUAAUGGCAAGACCAUUGGUUCUCGGUCGUACGGAUCAUCCAACGAUCUGGACUCCAGUCUACGCCGACGUGACAGAUCCAAAGAUGACCGAUUGGUUGUGGGAGCAAAGAGAAAGCGAAGAACAGAAAGAGAGAUUCCUCAUGCUUCACAGCAGGAAAAAAUUCUUCAAUGCAGAGGAACGAGAUCGCAGAUUCGUGAAAAAGCAGAGGAAAUCGCACGACCAGAGCGGCGAUCUUCAGGAAUACAGGCUAAUGACUUCGGUUAGCAUGCCGGUGUUCGACCGACGAGAGAACGCGAACAUCACAAGGCAGGUGCUGGUGAACGAAGCAUACUGGGUGACAGAGACAAGAGAGACACGAAUCGCAGAUCUGCUCGGCGUCGCUGGUACGGAUGUUCCUAUCGAAGAGAUACAGAAACUCAUGAUGCCACAUUUACUUGGCGUCAAUGGAUACGCGUUCAUUGUUACAAAUAACGGUUUCAUCCUGAUUCAUCCAGACCUCCGACCAGUGUUUCAGGGCAUCCUAAAACCAGCGUACAAUAGCGUCGACAUGGCGGAGGUUGAGCUGAUGGAUCAGGAUAGGGAACCCAGGGAAUUCGAUGAAGGAAUUAUUACGCUUCGGGAUGACGUGGUCGACCAAAAAAACGGUAGCGUGACAUUGCACACGAAAUAUCAUUACGAUGAUAUGAAACGUGUGGGUAGGGUAAGGAGGAAGUACGAUUACACAGGUAUACCAAAUACACCAUUCACGGUGGUGGUUAGUCUGCCGGAACAUGAACACAUUGGAAAUUAUCGCGUGCACGCAACCGAAGAAAUACAUCGUUCACACGUUAGUGGCAAGAACGUGUCUGAUUAUUUCACUGGUAAAAACUGGCGGGUACAUCCACAUUGGCUAUACUGCAAGUAUCACUAUGAAGAUGAUCGACCGUUCAAUACCUCGGAAGAGCAGCUUGUGCACUUCCUACAGCGAACCCGCCAGCCAGGCUGGAGGUGGAAUGACAUGAAACAGCCAUCCCAGCCACCGGAAUAUUCAGCCACGAAUUCCGGUAAUGACACUCACCGCAAAUCAAAACCUACACCAUACAAAGCGGACAAAGACUCUUAUUACUGCGACAGGGAUCUUCUAUUGAGUCUGGUUUUCGAUGCAAAGGUAACCCAAUGGUUCGCGAAUCCCAAAACUGCACGCGAAGAGGCAGGACCUUUAGCUAGGCUGAUGAAUCUGCUGCCCAGGAAAGAUUUCCAACAACGUUUCGGCGUAACGCUUGCCUUCAUGGCUACCCAUAGUGGUCUGACAAGAUGGAAAGACUUCAUGAUAAACGAAGAAGAAACUAUUCCUGAUGACCACUUCAGUAAGAUGUAUCCCAGAGCUAUCGACGAAGUGUGGUACAAGCGUGCUGUGGAGCAGCACUACGUGAAUUCGGAUAGCUUCGUCUUUUCCGUGCCAAUCGACGAGGAAGGGGCAGACAACACUACUCUUGUCACUGCCAGUCGUGCCAUAUUUAUCGGGACUGAUAAGGAAAAGGCGCCAGCUGCGGUUGUUGGUUUCCAGUUCCAACAUACCGCUCUCCAGGCUCUUUUUCAGAAUAUUACAUUUAGUUGCAAAGGAGGUGAAAAGUGCACAGAUUGCGCUGCGGAUAACUGGGCCUGCUACUUGAUCGACGACAAUGGAUACGUGAUUGCAGCCGAAGAUAAAUCUGAUGCUGGGAAAUUCUUUGGUGAACUGAAAGGACCAAUUAUGUCUAGUUUGGUAAAAGAAGGUGUCUUUGAAAAAAUCAGAAUAUUCGACUAUCAAGCAGUCUGCUUCAAAAGUAAGCAAACUAGUAAUGAUGGAAGCAUUUUGUUGACGCCAUGGAAACACAUGCAACAGAUGGUUUCGUGGCUCGUCGGCCAAGCAGCCUGGGCUUGGGCUAAAGCUGGAAUUUGGGAAUCCGACUACGCAGAAGCGUAUGCUUAUCCGAACGAAGAUGAAGGUAUGCAUGAAGACUAUCAGGAAAGCGAAGAGAAACCACCGAUAGAUCCUAAGGAUGAGAGGCUAUUCGACCAAAAGGUUUUGAUCAAUCGAACACGACCAGAAGCUUGCGAUCAAGAGGUAUAUCUGUACUUGCGAAACGCAUCCUUCAACUUGUCCAACACAGAUCUAGGCGCAAAUACAGGAUGUAAAUACAUCGUGCAACCAGUUGAAUACAGUAACAUGCUUCUUCUGGUUGUGAACAUUGAUGAGAGCUGCGAGCAAAUGAUGAUGCCUCCUUUGAGCGUCAUUCCAGAAGAAAUAAUCUACGAGAAUAAUUCCCUGGUAUGCCAAAAGGCGCUCACUUCAUUAAAACGAAAGAGACCUCAAUCCUGUAUUCGUAGUCACGCGAGGGAGAGCGAGAUCAAAGAUCUUUGCGGUUCAGCUUCGAAUGUGGCGCCGAAUGUCUACCUCCUUCUUCUUUUAUCAUUAAUUUACACUUUGGUUCACCGACUCGUUUUUGAUCAACAUUAAUGUUUCAUUAAAUCGAUUUAAGACGAAAGACAAGAGAUAGAAGGCGAUUAAAAUUUCAGUUACAAA